AUGACGUUGAAGUCUGCGAAGAUGAAGAUGUGCUGCAACAGUUGGAGAAAAGUGUCAACUCCUCUUAUAGUUUGCUCACUUCGAUCAAGCAGCACAAGCAUGACUAGUACAUUUUCAGCUGCUAUACCUGAAAGGAAUGCACCUGCCAACAAAAAGAUUGAGGUCCAGAAACGUUUUUUUUCCCCCACUAAACGAAAGACACAGAGGAGAAAUAUCAGAUUGGCAAAACCAACUAAGGGAGAGAAGAUGGAGAUGAUUGAGAAUUGGAAGAAUAAUGAGCAAUCAGAGCAGAACAACAUCAAAGUACCUGUAGACUUCACAUUGCAAAAAGAUAGCGCACAAAAUAUGUUAGUCUUCAUUGUUUGAAAAUUUUCUACUUGCAUAUAACACCUGUCUCACCUCACCACCCGAUAAUUUCUCUUGUAGGAUUGCAAGAAAUGCUUCAGUGGUUUACUGAGGAAAAACAUCAGUCCAUUAAAGAUCUGGUCAAAUCUGCCAUUAAACUG